UUUUUACUUCGAAAACCAUUAAUAAAACCUUUCCUUCGUCUCUGCAUUUUUUUUCUUUUUUUUUUCCCAUUUCUUGUAUGGAUAAUUCUCGCCACUUAUCAUUCACUCGCCGGAAAACAUCCGCCGUUAAACGUUCCACGGCCGUCUUUCGCGACGAAUUCUCGGUGGCCUCCGGCAGGAGAUUGUAUAUGUAUGACUGUAUGAAGAGGUUGAGAUCUUACAGUGAUGAUCUUGAUUCGGUUGGGGAGAAGGGAGUUUGUAAAGAUUGGGGAAGAAGGGAUCAGGAUGCAGACCGCUCGUCUUCGCAUCGGCGGUUUUAUUCGAAAGCUGAGAGUGGCGGGCGGAAGGGGUUAUCAUCUUCGUCUGGGCACGAUCGAUUGAUAGACGAUGAUCGGGAGAGUUCCAGAUCCUUGCGGAAGCGAUUGGACCAUGACUCUGAUGGCUUCGAUCGUAGAAAGAGCUUUGAUCGCUACCGGGAUUGCAGCGACAGGGGGGUUUCAAUUUCUUCUCCUAGGAACUCGUAUGGAGGAGAGCGUAUGCAUCGAUCCGAGAGCUUCUCUGGAUCUAGGCGGGAGUUCCCCAAGGGGUUUAGAUCGGAGAGGGAUCGGUCACGGCGAGAGGAUAGUGUUUCCUUGUGGCGGAGAUUCGGUGGAAGCAAAGAUGUUGAUGAAGAUAGUAGGUUUGUUUCCGAUUCAAGCAGAGGGAGUCGAGUAGCUUCUGAAGAUAGAGGUAAUGUGAGAUCUCCGCAGGGGUCGAAAGAUGUUGUCAAGUCUCCUCCUUUGUCAAAGGACUCUGGUGGAGAGCAGUCAAAGAGCGUUGAGGUUAAGAAGAGCGAAGAAGUGCAGGGAGAGAGUGGUAAUAACAGUGAAAUGGAAGAAGGGGAACUGGAACCUGAAACGGUUCAUGAACCCAAACCCACUCAUGAACGUGAACCUUCUCAACCUGAGCCUCCGGCUGAGGUGAACGUGGAAGAUCAUAAGGAGCUAGAGACUGAGCAGCAGACUAAAUCAGAGACGAACUCGGAGGAAGAAGUGAAAUCAGCCCAAGAGGAGAAGAUAGGGCUCACCAAGAAAAGUGGAAAUUAUGAUGGAAAACUGGAAAAUGAAGUAUCAGAGACUGUGACAGAUACAAUAAAAGAAAAUGAUGAAUUUCCGGUUUUACCGGAUGAUCCUGUUGAUGGAUUGGCUAGAAGAAAGGAGGAAGGAGUAACAGAAAAAGAAGCAGAAACAGAAACAGAAGUAGAUGAUGGAGGUGGAGAAAAGGAAGAAAGUGGUAGGGAGGACCAAGAAAUUUUCCCCUGUAACCUUAAGCCAGAAGAUGAGGGUAAGAAGGAAGAAAUUGAGGAUGCGACAACCGAGAAGUCAUUACUUUUGAGAGAAGAACAGAAACUAGACAGAAGUAUAGAUCUAGAAGUGGAGGCAAAGGACCUGAAUUCACCCAAUUCAGAUAAGGGAGUUGAAGAUGAGACUGAAGUGCCUAAAGUAACUCUGUCCCUUAUAACAGACAAGCUAAAUCAAAAUGCCAAGGACAAAGGCAAAAGUCUGGCCUUUUCUCCCUCCAAUGAUGCUAGCUCCAUGGAGUGGAUGGAAAGAGAUUUACUGACCAGCAGAGAAGAUGCUAUGGAAGGACCUAGCUCUAGGGGCUUUGAGUUGUUCUUCAGCCCAUCUGCUACAAGAUCAGAUAAGACAAAUAAUUCCGGUAAGCAUAAAGAUGAGAAGCUGAAAAUGGAGCCACUUGAGCUGUCUCUUGGCUUGCCGAAUGUCUCACUUCCACAUGUUUCUCAUGAUCCAAAUCCAGCCCCUAGUUCCCCUAGUCGUGCAAGAAGUUUUCAGUCCUUUCAUACCACUAACACCUUCCGUACAGGCUCAGAUGGAUUCACUGCCUCAAUUUCAUUUUCAGGUUCCCAGCCUUUUGUUCACAACCCUAGCUGUUCUCUCACCCAGAAUUCAUUUGACAAUUAUGAACAAUCUGUUGGCAGUCAUCCUAUAUUUCAGGGAGUUGAUCAAGUUUCCCAUGGCACCUGGCAAGGACAGCCUUCAAAUGACCCUAAGCGCAAGGGGGUUCCCUUGUAUCAGAGAAUAUUAAUGAAUGGAAAUGGAUCAAUGCAUGCAUCCCAGUCAUCACAAGGUAUUUUACAUUGUCAAGCAAUGCAAGGACAACAUCUUAAAGUUGCUGAAGGAAGAUCUGGAUUGCCAAUUGGUCUUGAUGGGCAGCCAAGCCUUCUGAGACAGUUAUCAGGAACACAGCCAAGGCAACCUGAAAAAAUCAGGUCCCCUACAAAUAGUGUUGGAUCUCAUGAAACUAGGUCAGAAUAUGCUAACGAUAAGAAGCGGAUAAUAAGAGAGAAAAGUGGUGGUAGUCUUUUUUGUAGUAGCAGCCAGAGAGAGAUAGAACAGCUGGUGGCAGGUGGAACUGAUUUUCCUGAGAAGAUAAUCACCAUGGUAGUUUCAGAACCAAUACAAAUAAUGGCCAAGAGAAUCCAUGAGAUGACAUCUGUGGCAUGCUUAAGAGAGUAUGCUUAUGAGAUGAUAGUGAAUGAAGAGAAGCAUGGACAGCUAUGUACAUUUCAGGAGGUGCUGCAGAGCAGGUCUGACCUUACACUAGAGACACUUUUGAAGUCCCAUCGAGUUCAGCUGGAAAUUUUGGUGGCUCUUAAGACUGGUCUUCAGGAUUUCCUUAGGCGAGCUAGAAAUGUUCCAUCUUUAGAAUUAGCCGAAAUAUUUCUGAACUUGAGGUGUAGAAAUCUUGGGUGCAAGAGUGUGAUUCCUGUGGAUGAAUGUGAUUGCAAGGUUUGCAUACAAAAGAAUGGCUUCUGCAGUGCUUGCAUGUGCCUUGUAUGUUCAAAGUUUGACAUGGCAUCUAAUACUUGUAGUUGGGUUGGAUGUGAUGUCUGCCUUCAUUGGUGCCAUACUGAUUGCGGAUUGCGGGAAUCUUAUAUUAGAAAUGGACGGAGUGCAACUGGGACUCAAGGGGCAACAGAGAUGCAGUUCCACUGUCUUGCCUGUGAUCAUCCUUCUGAAAUGUUUGGCUUUGUAAAGGAAGUUUUCAAAACAUGUGCGAAGGAUUGGAAAGCUGAAACUCUUUCCAAGGAGCUUGAAUAUGUGAAGAGGAUUUUUUCUGCCAGCAAUGACACGAGAGGAAAACAACUCCAUGAUAUUGCUGAUCAGAUGAUGGCAAGAUUAGAUAAUAAGUCCAAUCUUCCUGAGGCCUAUAAUCAUAUAAUGGCGUUCCUUACUGGAGAUUCCAAGCCUGGCAGUACUUCAACAGUUACUGUGAAGGAACCAUCCUACAAGAAUCUAGAAGGGAGCAAUGGGGUUGUUGGGCUCAGCCAAGAAACAACAUGGCUGACACCUGUUUCAACAGAUAAUGCUGUUCCUCACAAUGAAAACACAGGUAGUGUUACUCCAAGUCCAAGCUUGGGUUGGGAUCGAGGGGGUAUGCGAACUGGAGGUUCAGAGUUGAAGAAGAGCAGUGAAAAAACACCAGUUGUAGAUGAAUUGGAGAGCAUUGUUAGAAUCAAACAGGCAGAAGCUAAAAUGUUCCAAUCACGUGCUGAUGAUGCAAGAAGAGAAGCCGAAGGUCUGAAACGCAUUGCAAUUGCUAAGAAUGAGAAAAUUGAAGAAGAGUAUGCAUGCCGAGUUGCAAAAUUACGUUUGGUUGAAGCUAAGGAAAGACACAGACAAAAGCUUGAAGAACUUCAGGCUUUAGAAAAGGCACACCGUGAAUAUUUCAACAUGAAGAUGAGGAUGGAAUCAGAUAUUAAAGACCUAUUGUUAAAAAUGGAAGCCACAAAACAGAACCUCGGUACAUGAUUGCAGCAGAUGCAUGUAUUCUCUUGGAUACUCAUUGAUCUCAGGUAACUUUACAUUUAUAGGGUUUAAACUUUAUAAGCGAAGUUGUAUGUUCAGCCUUCUUUUAUGUCAUUUAUGGUUUAUAGGUGUACAAUUAGUCUCAGGUUAGUUUUUUUUACUCUUUGGUUAUCUAACUGGAGUUUGUACAGAGAAUACUCCAUCUCUCAUGUGAAAAUGGCUUCCGUUUUUGGAAGCAAUUUCAAAGGGAAAUAUAGAUUCUCAUCAAUUCCAUUUUUUUGUUGUUUCGUGCAUAAUAUACAAAAUCUUCUUUAUCACUA